AUGGCUUCACUGGACGAAAAGGAAGCCGCUCAUGAACUCUCAUUACCACCUGUUGAGAUUCUUGCAAACAAGAACGUCUCAUUGGAACCUUCCAAGAACGGCCACUGCUUGACUGAGCUUAACAGUAGCGGGAUGCUCAACUGGGGUAAUAGGAAGAAAUUUCUGUUCCUCAGAAAUAACGAGACGGAGAAACUAGACGGUGAAGAAGAAGAUGUGAAGUUAGAUCGGUCACCUGAGGAGAUGAAGGAGAAUCGGAAGAGAAAGCGCGCGGCGCACGUGUUUAUUACUAGCUGUGAGAAGAAGACGAUGAUGAAGAAUAAAGGAACAAAGAACUUUAGUUCUAGAUGGUCGAAAGAGAGGUAUCAAAUAGCGGAACUUAAUAUGUUGAAGAUAUUGAAAGAGAAAGAAGCGGUGUUUGGGAAGCCGAUAUUGAGGCCGGCUUUGAGAUUGGAGGCGAGGAAACUGAUUGGGGAUACCGGUCUGUUGGAUCAUUUGUUGAAACACAUGGCGGGGAAGGUGGCGCCAGGAGGACGAGAGAGGUUUCGAAGGAGACACAACGCCGACGGAGCUAUGGAGUACUGGUUGGAGAGUGCUGAUUUGGUUAAUAUUCGAAAAGAGGCAGGAGUUGAGGAUCCUUAUUGGAUUCCACCGCCUGGUUGGAGCCUUGGUGAUAAUCCGAUUCAGGAUCCUGUUUGUGCCAUGGAGUUCAAGCUGCUCAAGGAAGCCAUGGCCAAAAUGGAAAGGAACAUGCAGGAGUUCUUGUUAAAGAAGCAAGAGGAUGACGUGGCUGUUGUGAACACUCCAAGUUCUUGUAAUACGAGUCAGAACUUUGAUCAUGAAAACUUCUUGCUUCCAUUGAAGGAGAUGUAUACAGAUUUGGUGAAUAAGAAAGCUAAGAUUGAAGGACAAAUGGUGGAAGUUUCACGUUCUCUUUGUGGAAUGGAGGUUCUAAUGGAGAAGCUAAAAUCAUCAGUGGAGGAAACAAACAGAUCAAAAUCAACCCCAGCACCUUUACUACAAAUGGGAUCAACAAUAUCACUUGCGGCUACAACAAAAGUAAUAAUGCCAGAAGACAAAGCCGCCAAAAUAAAAAGACUGAAGAGUAGUUUCAAGAUAUGCAAGCCCCAGGGGAGUUUUAUGUGGCCAGACAUGACAAUAUCGGUUAAGGAUGUAGUCCCUCUUGAAGAUCUCAUUAUGGUCCCAACACCUCCCUCAGUUUCCUCUUCCUCCACCUCACCACCACACUUCCUUCUCUCUCCCGACCUUCCCCAAAUGGAAAACCAUUCAACAUCCCUAGUCAAGCCACGACCUGAGAGGCGUCCCCUUGCUGUCACUUUGAGUGAUUAUUCUCUUCCUCCUGAAACCACCACCACCCAGACCCAGUUUGUAAAAAAUACAACUACUGCUGUUACCAUCAAUACCAACACUAAAACUUCUCUUAUUAACCUCAAUGUGGUUCCCAACAAACAAAAUGAGACGAUCACCACUGCUGUUUCAUUUUUGCAACCUGAAAAGCAAGAGGAUGCUACGAGGCAAACCGUGGGAGGUGAAAGAAAGGAAAUAUUAAUGGAGUGUGGGCAGAAGAGAAGGGGAUGCUCCUCAACUUCAUCAUCAUCUCCUUGGCUGGCUCUAGCCACCCCAAAUCCACUUUUGCAUAAAUGGGGUUGA